AUGAGGUCCCCAGCUGCCCUGCCCGUCCUGCUGUUCCUCUUUCUGCACCUCACAGCCGGGGUGUCUGCAGCACAGACUUAUGUGGUCACAUGCCCAGCUGUGAUCUACCACCCCUACACAGCGGUGAUGUGGGUCCAUCUCAGUGGCCUCCAUGAGCCCAUCCAGGUGACCAUCCAGCUGCAGAGAGCAGAUGGGACCCCUAACAUCACCCUGCUGGAGAGGGAGGUCCGGGACCCUCAUCUGUACUUGAACAUCACCUUCCCUGCUCCAGCCCCCGCCAAAGGGACGGAGGAAAUCGUAGACCUGCACGUCUCAAUCCAGGGAGAUUCCCUGGAUGUCUCCAAGAAGAAGAAGGUGAUGCUGAGAGCCCUGGAGCCUGGGAUCUUCAUACAGACGGACAAGGCUGUCUACAAGCCUGGACAGCAAGUGAAGUUUCGAAUUGUCUCUUUGGAUAAAGACUUCACUCCCAGCAGUAAAAAGCUGCCCCUUGUGUUCCUGAAGGAUCCCAGCGGGAACCGCAUCGCGCAGUGGCGGGACGUGAGCCCACAGCAGGGCAUUGUAGACCUGUCCCUUCCGCUGGCUGCAGAGCCGGCCCUGGGCACAUACACCAUUGAGGUGGAGGGGAAGAGACGCUCCUUCAGCGUGGAGGAAUAUGUGCUGCCCAAGUUUGAGAUGACCAUUGAUCUUCCCGCUGUGGUGCUGGAGAAGGACAAGAAAGUCCGGAUGGAGAUUUGUGGACGGUACACCUAUGGGAAGCCAGUCCAGGGGAAGGUCCAGGCCAGCUUGUGCCAGCCCUUCAGGUACAACAGGAUCCUGCACAGACUUAAUAGGGCACCCGAGAAAGAGAUGAACUGCAUCGAGGUUGGCGGGCAGACCGAGAAGAACGGCUGCUUUUCAACAGAGAUUUUGUUGACUGCCUUCAACCUGACCAGCCACAUGUAUCAGAAACAAUUCCAAGUCCAAGCAUCACUGGUGGAGAACGGUACAGGGCUGGAGCUGAAAACCACCAAGAACUGCAUGAUUUUACCUGAAAUGCUCACUGUUACCUUCGAAAACACCAAUGAAUUCUACAAGCCUGGGAUUCGCUACACUGGGACGAUGCUGCUGAAGAGAGCUGACAGCACCAUGCCACCACAGAAGGAGCUCUUGCUCAUCGUUAGCCAGCAAGGAAAAGAUACGAGACAGACCUUCCUGACAGACAGAUCAGGGAGAGCUUCCUUCAAGCUGGAGACCUCUGAUUGGAGUGGCAUGGUCUCCCUGCUUGGUCAAGUCAACGAGGCAGCUCACACCCAGAAUGACAGCUCAACACUCAUCUACCAAAAUGCCGAGAUGUACCUCAGCCCCUUCUUUUCAGCGGGCAGGAGCUUCCUGCGGAUCCGCCAGCUGGAGAGUGAGCUGCCCUGCGGCCAGCCCCAGCAGCUCUGGGUGGAUUACAUCUUCAGCAAGAAGUCCCUGGGGACUCAGCUGCAGAGCCUGGAUGUGGUCUUCCUGGUCCUGGCCAAGGGGACAAUUGUCUCCAUCCUCAAGAAAGAGCUGCGUGCAGAGGCUGGGCUGAGAGGCUCCUUCUCCCUGGAGCUGCCCAUUGGCCCCGAGCUGGCACCCAUGGCCAAGGUGCUGGGCUACGUGGUGCUGCCUGACAGUGAGAUGGUGGCUGACAGCACCGAGCUCAAGGUGGCCAAGUGCUUCCCCAACAAGGUGAAGAUGGCUUUUUCGGAGGACAAGGCUCUGCCUGGCUCAGCGCUGUGGCUGGAGCUGGAGGCUGCCCCAGGGUCCCUGUGUGCCAUCCGUGCCGUGGACCGCAGCGUGCUGCUCUUGAAGCCUGAGGCUGAGAUCAAUGCGGAGGCGAAUGCAGCACUGAAACUUUUCACCAAUGCCCAGACCAACGAUGCUUGCAAAGAGAGGUUCGGCUUGCCUGGGAUGGCGGGUCCCGAAGGUCCCAGAGGUGGUUCUUAUCUCCACGUCGCCUAUUUCCAGGAAGAAGUUGAUGAUAGACAAGUCAGGGGCCACGCUGUCCCAGAAGUAAUGGACCAUGAUAUUACAGUUACCACUGCACUGGAAGAGCCAUCAGCACCCCGGACGUAUUUCCCAGAGACGUGGCUGUGGGACCUGGUCCCCAUGGGGGAGCGGGGCUCUGUGGAGAUGACGGUGACGGUGCCCGACACCAUCACCGAGUGGGAAGCUGGGAUGUUCUGUACAUCCCCGCAGGGCUUGGGGCUGGCCCCUGCCACCACCCUCACAGCCUUCAAGCCCUUCUUCGUGGAGCUGGCGCUGCCCUAUGCCGUGGUCCGCCAUGAAGCCUUCACCCUCGUGGCCACCGUCUUCAACUACUUGCGGCAGUGCCUGCAGGUUCAGGUGUCGCUGGAGGUGUCAACGGAGCUGGAGGUGUCGGCGAGCACAGACGAGGCGUAUGGUGGUUGCAUCUGUGCAGACGAAGCGAGGACAUUCCGAUGGGGCAUGCGAGCCACCAGCCUGGGGGAGGUGAACAUCACCAUCAGCACUGAGGCCCUCAGCUCCAAGGAGUUCUGCGGCAACGAAAUGCCUGUGGUGCCAGCCCAGGGGCGCGUGGACACCGUGAUAAAGCCCUUGCUGGUGCAGCCCGGGGGGAUCCUGGUGGAGAAGGCGCACAAUUCCCUGCUCUGCCAGGAAGACAAUGAAAAAAUCUCCCUGGAAGUCCCUGCAAACAUCUUGGAGGGCUCCCAGCGAGCGCACGUCACCGUGAUGGGCGACAUCAUGGGCAACGCUCUGCAGAACCUGGACCACCUCCUGGCCAUGCCCUACGGCUGCGGGGAGCAGAACAUGGUCCGCUUCGCCCCCAACAUCUACAUCCAGCAGUACCUGGAGAAGACUGGGCAGCUGCAGCCCGACAUCCGUGCCAAGGCGCAGGGCUUCCUGCAGAGCGGGUACCAGCGAGAGCUGCUCUACAAACACGAUGAUGGCUCUUACAGCGCCUUCGGGAAGAGCGAUCCCACGGGCAAUACCUGGCUGACGGCGUUUGUCCUCAAGUCCUUCGGACAAGCCAGAGCCUACGUGGCCAUCGAGGAGCGGCACAUCACGGACGCACUGCGCUGGUUGCAGAAGCAGCAGCAGCAGCAGACAGGCUGCUUCCGCAACGUGGGGAAGCUCUUCAACAACGCCCUGCAGGUGGGUGGGUGGG